AACCGACUGUAGAACAGCGCAAACAAAAAUCGAAACCCUAAAUAAAUUUUAGAACAAGUGUGGAACAAGUUUCAUUAUGCAGUGUUAUAUUUUAGCUGCUCUAUUGCUGCUCUGCAGCACGGCUAACGCCGAGAAUAUAUUCAAGAUCAACAUCACACCCGAGGAGGCACAACAGUAUUUGAACUCUGCGCAACUGCGUGGCGUCAAUGAGAUUGAAUUUGCACCCAAGACUGGCGAGAAUCCUUUGCCCGAGGCGCGCAAUGAGAAGGGCGAAUUUGUCUACAUGGGCCGUGUGAUUGAGCGCCCCGAGGAUUAUGUGGAGGAACACUAUGAUGCGCAUCAGUACCAUGGCCAGGAUGGUCUGGGCCAGUACGUCUAUGGCUACAAGGACUGGAAUCAGGGCAAGAACGAGAAGCGUGAUGAGGCUGGCACUGUGUCCGGCUCGUACAAGUAUGUGCAGCCACAUGGACGCGACUUUGUUGCCACCUACUAUGCUGACAGAUCUGGCUUCCACGUGGAGGACAAUCGUCCCGCACAUCUGAAGCAGCCUGCCACCAAGACGCCCGCUGUGCGCAAGGCCGAGGAGGAGCACUUCAAGCUGUGGGGUGAGCUGGCUGCCGCCGCUGGACAGAACCCAGAUCCCUUUGCACCUGAGUACCAGCAGGAGGGUCGCUACGAGCCCACUGAGGCAGAGACUCGUGAAUAUGUGCAUGAGGAGAAGCCCUAUGUGCCCGGACCCGAGGAAACGGGCGAGCCCAAGGGCUUCUUCUAUGCCUUCGACUACAAUGUGCCCUUGCUGCGCAACAAGGCUGAGCGCGAGGAGCUCGAGCGUCUGCGUGCCGUCAACAACAAGGACGAAUAGACGCAGUCGCUGACGUAGCUUAAGUUAAUGCGCAUAAUAAUAUUUAUUCCAUGAUAUUAAAAUAAACAGCAGCCUAUACAUUUUUCCAAA